AUGCCCUACCCGCGACCCGUCUCGCCGCUCAGCCUCGAGACACGCGAGCCUCCAGCAAACAGCAAUGACGGCCUCGAUCUAUUAGGAUCUGACGACGAACUUGAUGAUACAGCUCGCGCUGCAAAACGCCAAAGAAUCGAGAAGCUGGCCGAGUCGUAUCUCCAGGGACGCCCGCUGUUCAUUCUUUCUGCUUCUCUCCACGGGCCAUUUGAUAAAGACUGGAAGAACCCAUGGAAGAAAAAUCGGAAGGUCCAAAAAACGGACGCUCCUGGGAAGAAACGGACCAACGUGACAUCCCGGAACUCUGGCCCCGUAAUACAAGAGACAGACCCGCAGCGGCCGAAGUAUCGCGAAGAUCUGCCAAACACAUCUCGGUCUCGGUCUGGAGCCACACCAUCGUCUCCUACGACGCGAGCACUUGAAGUCACAUCCUCUGUCACCCCUCGGUCAGCGCAUAAGAGACCACUGCAUAUAGCGACCCGCGGCGAAGGAAAUCCAAUUUCCGCUCGCUCGUUGAAAAGGCCUAAAGAACCAAGCUCAUUGAAAUCGACUGGCCCGUCGUUCGCAAGGGCUGGGCCAGCAGACUGGCUGAAGAAGGAUCGGAAGCGCAUGGAUUUCCAGCGUUUCGAACCACCCAGUUCUCCGACCCUGAAAGUCGCAAAUCGUCAAGCAGAACACAAAGCUCGUUGCAACGUAUCGCCUGCUAUCGAAGUUCGGUUGCCAAUAUCACCGACACCUCUGCGGACUCUGAAACCUGCUCCUAAUCCUAUUCGUCAAGAUGCUGACUCUGCAACUGACAAAUCACCGCUGACGACUCGAUCAGCAGUGCAGCAAAGCGAGCAGGAAGGUGAGAAUCCCGGCGAGCCGCAAGUGGGGGAUCAACCUUCUUCGGAGAAGUUCUCGCCAAAGCCAGAUAUGUAUGCGCCACCAUCUUUCCGCGUAGUUUCUUCGACAUCUCAGUUGCCUCGUUUUGAGUAUCGACACCGGCACCUUGAGAAUUCCAGUCUUCGGGCAGAGUCGAACUCUCCUUCUCGGGCUAUGCCCGCGAACGCGGUAUCCCCUAAUGAGGCCACCGCUCAGAAAAACCACAAUGCAGCCGCCGCUGUAUCAGCACCAUCCAUGCAGGACAAAGAUGGAGAUACAGUUGUUCCUGAUGUCCUAGAAGACCCAAGGGCGCAACCGUCGGAAAAAAAGGGAACCGUGAACGACGGGCCUAGUCGUCCAUCGGAAGAUCUCAGAUUUGCGGGCGUAACUGGCGAACUGAAUGCUGCAGAUACAGAACCGCAGCCAUCGACGGAACAAAAUACCUACGAAAGCUUGCCAUCUGCGCAAAAGGUCAUGAAACCUCUAGGCAUUUCUGACCGGAUACAAUCUCUACAUUCAACCACCAUGCCGAAGGCUAUUGCCGAUAACACCGCAGAAGGCAACUCGGACACCCAGCUUUCGACGCAAGCUGCCUUGCUCCACGCGCAACGUUCAUUCCAGGAAGAUUUGGAUAGCCCAGAGCCUGAUAUCGGAAGGAUGGAUCUGGAGGACUCGGUCUUGGGUCCCGGGGAGGAAUCACUUUUGGCUCGUGAAACCCCGUGUAACAAUCUUAUUCGUCACGAGCCGGUUGCGUCUCAGGGCCUAAAUUUGUUCGACAAGGACCGGAUCCAGGGCAUGAGUACACAGUGCCUGGUCGAUGCCGUGACCCCAUUCACUUUCAGUACAGGCAAAAAACCCAAGGCUUUCCGUGACCUCUCCUCGGAGUUACAAGAACACAAGAAAGGAAAGGCGGUCAUAGAGAAAGGCCUAUCUUCUCCCUCCCCCUGCAUUCCCUCGCCAUGUUCAGAUCAUGGUUACCACACAGCAGAGCCCACUGUCAGCCAUCAAGCUUUGAAUGCGCCUUUCCGGGCUCCCGAUCCGACAUGUACCCACCAAUCCACCAAUCAAGCAACACCCCUACUCUUCAGCCUGGGUGAAUCAACCUCGACAACCGCUCAAGACGGCCAGGGUCCCCUACCGGGCUUCAAUCUGAGCCAGACCAUCGACGACGUCGGUAGCUGGUUGCGAGAGGGCUUCGAUUUCAUGAAAGAUAUUUAG